UAAAACUAGGCUUGAGUAGGGUUUAUUAUUAUCAUUAAGAAACACUCUGCUACUCCAAAUUUACCAAUUUACUCUCUCUGCUUUACUCAGCAAAACAAUGGCGGCCAUUUUUUCUCAGCUAUCCUCUCUCCGGUCACCGGAAACCCUCUCUUCCUUCUCCUCCGUCUCUUCUCUCUCUCACUCCGGCAAGCAAUCGUCGCACUUCUCCGGCGUAAUCGCACCUUCUCCAGUCACAUUUCCGGCUACUCGUCUACGCUUCUCAUGCCAUGUCAGCUCUCCAGCUACAUCUCCUUCCUCCGUCAUUGCAAAUGCAACUGCCAAUCAGAAGGACUUUCUACACAUCAGUGAUUUUGACAAAGCCACUAUUUUGAACAUCUUGGAUAGAGCCAGAGAGGUUAAAGAGUUGCUAAAAUCGGGAGAGAGGACAUAUCUCCCAUUCACGGGUAAAACUAUGGCAAUGAUUUUUGCCAAGCCUUCCAUGAGGACACGGGUUUCUUUCGAGACAGGGUUUUACUUGCUUGGAGGCCAUGCGAUAUAUUUGGGACCAGAUGACAUACAGAUGGGUAAGCGGGAAGAAACUCGCGAUGUUGCUCGUGUUCUUUCUCGCUAUAAUGACAUCAUUAUGGCUAGAGUUUUUGCUCAUCAGGACAUUCUUGAUCUAGCUAAAUAUGCAACUGUGCCUGUGAUCAAUGGCCUCACAGACUAUAACCAUCCUUGUCAAAUUAUGGCUGAUGCCCUUACAAUGAUCGAACAUGUCGGUCAGCUGGAAGGAACUAAGGUCGUCUAUGUUGGAGAUGGAAAUAACAUAGUGCAUUCUUGGCUGCUAUUGGCGUCAGUGAUUCCUUUCCACUUUGUUUGUGCCUGCCCCAAAGGUUUUGAACCUGAUCAGGAAACAGUUGAGAAAGCACGACAGGCUGGAGUCAGCAAAAUUGAGAUAACUAAUGAUCCAAAGGAAGCUGUUAGAGGCGCUGAUGUUGUCUAUGCAGAUGUCUGGGCCAGCAUGGGACAAAAGGAAGAAGCUGCACAUCGCCGUCAAGUCUUUCAAGGAUUCCAGGUGGAUGAAGAACUGAUGAAACUAGCUGGAAAAAAGGCGUAUUUCAUGCACUGUUUGCCAGCGGAAAGAGGAGUUGAAGUUACUGAUGGCGUGAUUGAAGCACCAAACUCCAUUGUAUUCCCCCAAGCUGAGAACCGCAUGCAUGCGCAAAAUGCAAUUAUGCUUCAUGCUCUUGGUUUGUAAAUGCCCUCUUUUUGACCUAACGAAGAGCCUUGUUAGGACCAAAAAGCAAAUCCUCACUCUGUUCUCCUUGAACCAUAUUUUUAUUUGGAGCAUUUUAGAACUUAGAGACUAUCUCUGUGCAUAUAGCUCAAAGUGUUCUAGGAUUCAUGCUGAAAUAUUUUCUUUGCCAUGUUACGAUAUUGUUAUUUUAUAUGGAAACAAGUCACCACAGGAAAUAUGGUCCCAAGGUGGGUUCCAAGGCA